AAAUCUAUAAACGUGUAUUUUUUUCUCGGAAGUUCAGGCUUCAGUGGAUGGUGAUAUUUUUUAAUCUAUUCUUUUCUAUGCUGGAUCUAUAUUAGGGAGCACGGGAACAGGACGUAUAUUGCGAAUAUUUUUCUAAAUAAUUUCUUACUUCAAUAGUAUUCUUUGAAACUAUUUUUGUACAUAACAUUUACAUCUUAUUUUUACAAGAACAUAUCCUAUAAUCAGACAUGGCCCGUGGUCAGCAAAAGAUCCAAUCCCAACAAAAGAAUGCAAAAAAAGUACAGGAUGCUAAGAGACAACAAGGGCAUGAUCAAAAGGCUGCAGCACAAAAAGCACUAACUCAUGUGUGCACUGUGUGCAAGGCUCAAAUGCCAGAUCCUAAAACCCAUAAACAACAUUUUGAAAACAAGCAUCCUAAAAUGCCUUUACCAGAUGACUUAAAAGAUGUCUAAUUCUUUUUUUAUAAAUGCAAAUUUUUUACACUUGUGUGCCUGAACCAGUAAUUUUUCAGGCAUGAAUGCCUUUUUGUGUAUUUAUCAUCUGUGCUUUCUUCUUGUAUUCCAAACUUUCAUUCAAAAUUUUGUACAAUAAAUUUGUUAUUAUGUA